ACCUAACGCGUGGAGUACAGAGCUACCAAAAGUCGUCGGUAGAAUUAAAUGUCUUUAUCAAAAUGUCACAAAAUACAUCGGGAAAAGAGGCACAGGCUUUCUUUUUUUAAUCUAAUAUUCACAAGAAAUGAGAAUGGUAUAACAGACUGAAUACUGCCCUCCACUGGGGGAAUUUGUCAUGUUCCAAUAAAAUUAUGUUGACCAUCAUGGAAAACACGGCGAAGGAAUCGGAACGGAAAAAGGAGUUAUUGUUGUGUUAUACUUCUUUUAUUGUAGUGUUAUACUUUUUUUUUACCAGUAUAGUUUACUCUGUCAUGAUCUCCGGUCUUAUUUUGUUGCCCAAACCUGUUAUAUUAAAAAGGAGAUGUGUGAUCAGCUGGUCCCCUCAUACGGGUUACUUAACACAGUAGAGCUCUUGGAGUCAGUCAGAUAUAUAUCAAAAGCAACAAAUUUCACAAGCAAGUGGUACUUCAACCAAGGCCAACUCUGCACUGCAAUUUUAAAGGAGAGACGCCGAGAGACCAUGCGAGCGGAGCAGAAGGCCGGAGGAACCCACUUGCCCGACCCCGAUAUAGCGAGGAACCGUAACGCUCGGCUAACUCUGGAGGUCCAAAAGGAGAUGGCGAGAUUACGAACUCUUUGGCCAUCCCCAUUGCUCUCUCAGCUGCACCAGAUGCGCGAUGAUUACAUGAAUUCCUGAUGUGUGCUAGUAAUGUUCAAGUGACUAUGAUCUGAGCGAAUAUAUUACUCUGAUCCAAUGAUACACAACCCACAGUAAAGGGUUAUUAUGAGGUCAAAAUGGCUUCGAAAUUCUCAUUAAUUUCCUCUUUUAGGAAGGGUUAUUGUGAGGCAAAAUGGCUUCGAAAUUCUCAUUAAUUUCCUUUUUUAGGAAGGGUUUCUACUUUAGUCUCAUCUUUCCAGUAAUGUGUACUAUGUAUAGUUUUUAUCAGUAAAAUACAUAUGUAUAGAUUCACAGCCUCAUGUUGUUUGCCUUUUGUGUUUUUAAGGGGAAUCUUCUCCAGCUGAUUUCUUGAAUACAUUGUAUAUUUUUAUGAUAUAUUGUAUGAUUUUAAAAAAAAUAAAAUCAAGACAAAAUGUUGAAAUAAAUCUAA